UAUGUUUGUUUGUUCACCACAGGCGUGCACGUUAGAGCAGUCCAAGGCUUUCUUGGACCGCCUGGUUCGAGUCUCGGAGCUGCAGCUGCUGCAGUAUGAUGCCCUGAUGGUCAUUGAUGACGUGGAAAAAGGACGUGUGGAGCCGACCCGCUACCCGACCAGUGAGCUGAUCCGUCGGAAGAACGCCGGAGAACCGCUGGAGGAUGAGGAGGAUAAGGAUGCUCUACCUAGGGGGAAGGCUAACUGGAUCGGGGAUUACAAGGAACAGUUUGAGAACAUGCUACAGCAGAUCGAAAAGGAGAAAGAACGGCUCCUCAUCUCGGAGCAGCGCUGGGAGGAAUCCUGGGAGAAGUCUGUUGAGAAGGUCAAGGACCUUUACCAGAAGGAAGGCUGAACUAUUAGAUCUACUGAUCUUUUAGAAAUACAUUUCGUAAUGCGCUUUGUGAAACCCUCUGAAUAAACUAGUUUUUGACUCUUUGAAGACACACAUUUAGAGCUAUUGAAGACAAGCUUUUUUGGGGAACUUUAUAUAAAAAAGAAGGAAGCAUAACUUCCUUAUUCAUACAGAUAUUUCAAUUCCGUUUCCUUUAUCUAAAACCUAAAAAAGCAGGAAACAAUAUAUGUGUGUGCAAUGAAAUAUGGAAAUUCAUGUUUUUGGUUUGUGUUUUAUUGUUAAAGGCUUCACGAA